GACAGUCUGUGCGGAAGUUCUUUCAUCCUGCGGGAGGAGAAGAAGAAGAAGAAGAAGAAGGAGGAGGAGAAGAAGCAGAAGCAGAAGAGUCCUCCGAGUCCCUCGUCUCAACUGUCUGCCUGAACACACCGAGUCUCCUCCGGGGUUACCCACGGUUCGAUGGCGAGGCCGAGCCACAGCGAUCACGUCCUCCAGCAGCUCAAUAACCAGCGUGAGUGGGGCUUCCUGUGCGACUGCCUCAUCGCCAUCGGUGACAUCUACUUCCGGGCGCACAAGGCCGUGCUGGCGGCCUGCAGCUCCUACUUCAGGAUGAUGUUCAUCCGGGACCAGCAGCAGGGCGCCGGGCGUCUGGACCUCAGCAACAUGCAGAUCAGCGCCGAGUGCUUCGACCUCAUCCUGCAGCUCAUGUACCUGGGUCGCAUCGCGGUGGGCAGCUACGAGUUCGAGGAGCUCAAGGCCUCCAUGGCGUACCUGCAGAUGUACUACAUCCCAGACUCGUUGGAGGAUCUCAGGGACAUUAGGACCUCCAACUUCACCCCGUCCUCCUCGGCCUCCUCUGCGUCCAGCUCCUCCACCUGCCCCGCCGGCGGGAAGAUGAUGUUCGGAGUCCGGAUGUACGAGCAGCAGAGGCCUGCCGCACCGGAGGUGGAGCAUCUACCAAAAGCUGCCAGCAGCAGCAGCACCGCCGGGCGCCCGGUGGUUCCGGCGACCAUCAGCAGACCGGUGGUGGUGGCGGCGGAGGAGGUGGUGGUGGCUCCUCUGAUAGCGGCGCCACCGUUGGUGGACGGACUUGUCGAUCAGCCGUGUGACUUGAGGAAGAGGCCCGGCGGCAGGAGUUCGGCCCUCAAAGACCGUCCUCGAUUUGGCCGCACCUACACCUGCGACGACUGCGGCUUCGUCUUUAGCUGCGAGAAACUCCUGAUCGAACACAUCCUGACCUGCACCAACCGGAAGGCCUUUCAUCAGCCAAGAGGCAACGCCGAAGGUGACAACGACUCCAGUAAAGCCGAGAGCUCCGCUUCCGAGAGCAUAGAGGAGCAUAGGGUCAUCUGUAAAGGUGAGGACGACUGGCCCGAAGCCAAGUCUGACUCCGACCUCGGGACAGCUGGCGAGCCCGGAUUGACCCGGAGUAUCUCCAUCAAGACGGAACCAGAAGAAGGCAUAUUCCCUGAGAUAGAGGUGGUCCGGGUCGGCGACCACGGCAACAGAGACUGUAGGGCGCGUUUCGGCGACGCCACGCGUAAAGACCUGCAGAAGGAGAAAACCGGAUCAGACCGCGACCCAGAGCCCGGCAUCUCGGGUCUGGAUCACAGCAGCGAGCCGUUCGAAGGCCACAUGUCCAGCAGUGAAGAUUCAGGGAUCCCUGCGAAGCUCCGUAAGGUCAAAGACGAGAAGCAGGACGCCGACUGCGCACCCUGUGAACUGUGUGGCGCUCUGCUGACGGAGGAGGACAAGUCGGCCCACUACCUGUCCAACCACAUGGGCCACAUCUGUGCCUGCGGGAGGUGCGGUCAGGUGCUGAUCAAAGGCCGCCAGCUCCAGGAGCAUGCGGAGCGCUGCGGCGAAUCCCAAGGCGGCGACUCGGACUCCCACGGGGAGGACGAGGCGUCCCUGCUGGAGGAGCCUCAGGGGAUGAUGGAGGAGGAGGGUCUGAUGGAGGCCUCCGACCUGGCCUGCCCUCACUGCGGCACGCUGUUCCAGAACGAGAGCUCGGCGCUGGAGCACGCCUUGUCCUGCCACGACCAGGAGCUGUUCCGCCCGGCGCUGCUGGAGGAGGGCGGCGGUGAACUGGACCACCGACGCAAGCACUUCUGCGGCAUCUGCGGCAAAGGUUUCUACCAGCGCUGCCACCUGCGGGAGCACUACACCGUCCACACCAAGGAGAAGCAGUUCACCUGUCAGACCUGCGGGAAGCAAUUCCUGCGGGAGCGGCAGCUCCGCCUGCACACCGACAUGCACAAAGGAAUGGCGCGCUACGUCUGUCCGGUCUGCGACCAGGGAACCUUCCUCAAACACGACCACGUCCGCCACAUGAUCUCACACCUGUCGGCCGGGGAGACCAUCUGCCAGGUGUGUUUCCAGAUCUUCCCCGGCGGAGAGCAGCUGGAGAAACACAUGGAUGUCCACCUGUACAUCUGCGGCGUCUGCGGAGAGAAGUUCCGCCUCCGUAAAGACAUGAGAAGCCACUACAACUCCAAGCACACCAAGAGACUAUAGGAACCAAUCCGGACCCGUCCGCCACAUUUCUACCAGUUUUGGUACAAAGAGAAAAAGCCAUAAAUGUGAGAACAAAUGAAUGCACUUGAGCACCAAAAAAGACAAAUCUGCACUUUUUAAAGUAUAUGCAUAAUAACCUCAGCGGGCAUUCACACUGCGAGCUGAUUGGUUGCUUCGUUAGCUUUGAUUAAACAAAAAAAAGACAAUCAGGACGUCAUGAGGUUUCUUUCAAAAGUCUGAAUCUACUUCUGUUAAACGAUCACCAUCCACAGUUAACCAGCUAACCAGAUGUAUAUUAGUUUUAAUAUUUAUGAAGAAGCUGGGGUUUUGUACACAGGAUAUCUUUACAUGAUGCUUGUUUUCAUGGUUCUUGUUUUCAUGGUUCAAAGAAGUAAAUCUAGAGACGUUCUCAUUGGACGAGUCAGAAACAAGUCACCAAAUAGUUAACGAGUGAUGUUCUGUAACUGAUCUCAACACCUUUGUUUUAGCACUAGGGGGCGCCAAAGGGGAGCUUUCAGAUGGACCUUUGUGUUUGGACUUGUUGGGUUCAGGAUCGUGUUGCUCGCAGUGUUAACGAAGACUUUGUUUAGGACCACGUGGAGUCCACAUGGAGCCUCAGAGUCCACAUGGACUCUCAGAGUCCACAUGGAGCCUUUUAGAGUCCAGAUACAGACCUGAGGAGAGUUCACUUACUGUUUGGAGGUUCUCUUCCUGUUUGGAGUCGAAAUUCUCUGAAGAGGAACCCGAUGAGUUCUUCAUGUUCUAGUUGGUGAACACGGUCCUCUUUGGUUCUUAGCUUUGUGACCAUUGAUCGGCCGUACGUGCUCUGUGAUUGGUGCCUUUGCUGUGACAACACUAGUGUCUUCUUCACAGUGAUGCAUUCAGGGGGAUGGACAGUGAGAACACUAGAGGUGGUCAAGUCCAUAGGAACCACCGAGAGCUGGACCACUUGGACUUUAAGCGGUCUUCUUUUAAACCUGGUGGAUUUUCCUCCUCGGUUCGAUGGGUUCUGGUGGAUCAAAACCACCACACAGACCCGUUACAGGAAGGGGUCUCAGUUAAACCAGGAAAUAUUCGUGACAACCUUUUGUGAAACUGAACCGAAGAGGAAAACCCAGCAGGUUUAACAGGUCUUCAUUGACUGAGACCAGAACCCGGUCCUGGUCCUGGGUCUCCUGGAGGAUCACACUGUGAUGGAUCUGUUGCCUUAUGAUUCAUGUAAAGUUUUUCACUGUUUUUUGUUUCUGCUUCACAAAAAAAACACAAAGUUCACAAACCUGAACGAGACUUAAACCAGUACUGAACCAGCUGAAACCAGUUCAGACCUGACCUGCACACAGACAGUUAGUCCAGAACCAGUAUGGACCCUUCUAAAACCUCUUAAUGGUUCCUGUUAAAGGUCUUCAUGGGUUCUCCAGGUUCUGAAGUUCUGAAGAUUUUCGCUCCUCAUAAACCAAGUUCUGUUUGACAACAAUCCGGUUUUCUCCUCUUAUUAUUAUUAUUUAUAUCUGUAUCAUUAUAAUUAGUGUUGAUAUAAAUAUUAUCAUUAUUGUUGUUGUUGUUAUUUGUGCUUUGAUUUUGUUUACAGAGACUCUAGUUCUGCUCACCUUCAGCACGAUGACAUCACCAGGUCAGAGUUGUUACUUUAAGGUUCUCAAACAGACUAAUGGAUGUUUGUUCUACCAAUCAGCUCACGCCCUGUAACAAACUGACCAAUGACGGUCCACCUGGUGCCCAC